AUGUAUUACAGAUUGUUGUCAAUCCAUCGAACGUUAUCUAAAACUGAAUCAACUCGGUCUUGCGACACUGUUUCGUCGAAUAUUCGAUUACCGAAAAUCGUGCUUCCUAACUUUAGCGGCGACAUUAAAAAAUGGCCUGAGUAUUAUGAUACGUUUAACACCUUAAUACAUAACUCAACAUCGUUAACCGACACUGAGAAGCUUCAUUAUCUCGUAUCGUCUCUGAGCGGCGAUGCGCUGCUUGUUAUCAAGCCUUUCCCUCUGACACACGAACACUACCGCGACGCAUACGAAGCACUCACCGCGCGCUAUAAGAAUAAGCGGGAUCUUGCGUUUACGUGUUGGCGGGAUAUUUUGAAAAUUGAAUUUAAGGUUUCCGACGCGCACGCAUUUCGAAGGUCACUCGAUUUAUUCGAGGAAAACUUAAGCAUUUUAAGGACUAUUAAUUUGCCGGUUAACCAUUGGGAUUUCAUUUUAGUGUAUCAUAUCUUAUCGAAGGUCGACCAGAGGCUUCGUCGGGAUUUUGAGGAAAAACAUUCCGAUGUAGAACUUCCUACUUAUAACCAAUUGCGAAAUUUCCUGCAAUCCAAGUGUGAGGCUUUAUUGCGAGACACACAUUUCGUUGAAUCGGACAAACCUCAACCGAGGUCUAAAUCUGCUCACCCGCAGCCCCAACCGCGCAGUUCUGCGUCACACACACUCGUUGCCGCUAAGCCCGCUACUACACAACAACUGAAUGAAGGGGUACCAACGAAUGUCCCAUACACAAAAAAAUGCACGUUUUGUUCAGAUUUCCAUUCCAUUGCCGCAUGUCCCGAGUUUCUUAAAAAAUCGUUUGAUGAACGUUUGCAGAUCGCUACUGAGAAACACUGGUGCUUUAACUGUUUGAAUCCAUCUCAUCAGUUAAAAGAUUGUAAAUCUAUAUUUUCGUGUCGCAUAUGCAAGAGAAACCACCACACCUUACUCCAUCGCGAUAAGUCUAGUGAGUCAAAUCAGUCUUCAUCGACAUUAGUGUCAAGGUCGUUAACACACACCACUGUUCUACUGGCCACAGCAAUGAUUCAGGUCCGUGAUGCCUUUGGCUCAAUGCAAUCGUUCCGAGCUCUUUUUGAUACUGGAAGUCAAAGCAAUUUUAUCACGGAAAAGGCAGUGAAACGUCUAAGCUUACCACUUAGUCCAACUAACGACAACGUCAGCGGUAUCGGAGAUGCUUCAGCGCCGAUUCUUGGUGACAUCACGUGUUUGAUAGGCACAAAGGAUAAAAUCUUAUUUAAAUUGAACUUGCACGUCAUAUCAACAAUAUGUGGCGAUCAACCGAUAGCAAAACUUAAUACAUCUGGGUGGACCCACAUUGAAUCGAAACCCUUAGCAGAUCCUGGUUUUGAUCUCCCGGGACCUAUCGACAUAUUGCUCGGCGCGGAGGUGUUUGCUGACUCGCUUCUAAAUCAACAUAUCAAAGGCAAUGCAAAUCAACCGAUAGCUCUUAACUCUGUUUUCGGUUGGCUUCUUUUGGGCAAAACUCGUCUAGCUUCAAACACCUUAGUGCACGCAUCGGGAAAAAACGACAUCGACUUGAAUUCGUUAGUUCAACGUUUCUGGGAGUUAGACUGCGUACCCAAGGCGUCUCUUCUGACUCCAGAGGAGGUGUUUUGCGAACAAAAGUUCUUAUCCGACCAUUGCCGCGAUACGUUUGGACGAUACACAGUACGCUUACCAUUCAAAGAUGAUAGCGAACCGAAGUUUGAAGGUUCUCGUGACGUUGCACUUAGACGAUUUCAUGCAAUGGAACGUAGGCUGUCUCGUGACCCUGACUUACAAAAGGAAUACGCGAAUUUUAUGACAGAUUACUUGGACGCCGGUCAUAUGUCUUUGGUUCCCGGGAAUGAACUCAGUCAGGGGAAAUAUUAUAUUCCACAUCAUUGCGUUUUGCGUCCUGACUCUGCUACCACCCGUCUCCGCGUUGUCUUUGACGCGUCGGCCAAGGAUGCCCACUCUCGGUCUUUAAACGACACUCAACUAAUCGGUCCCAAGUUACAACCGAACAUUCUAGAAAUUCUAUUGCGAUUUAGGGUACAUAAUAUUGUUUUUAUGGCUGACGUUCGACAAAUGUACCGUCAAAUUCUUAUUUCCCAAGCCGAUCGUGACUACCAGCGCAUUUUUUGGAGAACCACUCCUACAGAAUGUCUUCAAGAAUACCGUUUGAAUACUGUAACAUAUGGCGUUUCAUCUUCACCCUUUCUUGCGUGUCGUACUCUGCGACAGCUUGCCGAGGACGAGGGCAAUCAGUAUCCCAUAGCAAAGGGAAUCAUUCUGUCUGACGUAUAUAUCGACGACGUGGCCAGUGGUUCCGACACGCUAGAACACGCCCAACAGGCAAAGGACCAACUAAUCGCCUUGUUCAAAUUAGGUGGCUUCCAUCUUAGGAAGUGGGUGUCUAACAAUGCGCAACUUCUGCUUGACCUCCCUAUUCAAGAUCGUCUCACUGGUUCUGUCUCUCUCGAUAACUAUGAAACUCAAAUUUUAAAAAUUCUCGGCCUAAAAUGGGAUCCUCACACAGAUGCAUUUCUUUUCGAAAUCCAACCUCUCGACCGGCCUUGUACCAAACGAUCGAUUCUCAGCGAACUAGCUAGAGUGUUCGACCCUCUAGGAUUUUUGUCUCCCAUUACAAUUCAAAUCAAAACCUAUAUCCAGAAACUUUGGAUCCUUGGUAUCGGAUGGGAUCAAACACCGCCUGAUGAGGUCAUUGGUAUGUGGAAUACUUACAAGGUUCAAUUAUCACAGUUAUCUCAAGUUCGAAUUCCUCGCAGGUUAAUUUGUUCUGAUGUCAAAUCGUUCGAGCUUCACGGGUUUUGUGACAGUUCCGAGGUAGCGUAUGGUGCGGUAAUAUAUUUUCGGGUUACUAACGGCAGCGGCAAGAUCACAACGUAUCUGGUCUGUUCUAAGGCUCGUGUAACACCUCUUAAACGAAUUUCAUUGCCUCGUCUGGAGCUCUGCGCCGCAGUUCUUCUGUCAGAACUUUAUAAAUUUGUUCGUGACACUUACCUUGAUCGCAUUACGAUUAACGAUGUCUAUCUGUGGUCAGACUCGACGGUAGUUCUUUCAUGGUUGCGAGCCCAUUCUUCCCGCUGGGUAACAUUCGUCGCCAACAGAGUCAGUCAAAUCCAAGAUCUUACUGCAACUGCGUGCUGGCGCCAUGUACCUUCAGGAGAUAACCCUGCGGACGUUUGCUCUCGUGGUCAAUUACCCAGUAAGAUCGUAAACAACUCCUUAUGGUGGGCGGGCCCUGAUUGGCUACGUAGGGAUCACUGUUCCUGGCCUUCUAUCCCUGAUACUGCCUCUCACGAGGAUGAAGUACUCGUUAAAUCCGAAGAACGCAAGUGUGUAGUCUUAUUAACCGAUCAACUUGAUAAAACCUUACCUGACGGAUCCAUCAUCGAGAUGUUAUUAAAUCGUUUCUCUUCAUUGUCUAAGUUGCCAUUACAACCUUUUAUGAGCGAUCUUCCCUCUUAUCGCGUCAAUCAAGUUAAACCAUUUUCCGUGGUCGGUGUCGAUCUAGGCGGGCCGUUCCGUAUUAAACUCGGUUCACAUAGAGGCGCGAAAAUGGAUAAGGCGUAUUUGUGCUUGUUUGUUUGCCUGGCGACCAAGGCGGUGCAUUUAGAAGUCGUAUCGACGUUAACAACUGAAGGGUUUAUUGCUGCUUUGCGCCGAUUUGUAGGAAGACGCGGUCGGUGCAACGUAAUUCACGCGGAUUGUGGCACUAAUUUUGUUGGUGCAAAAAACCAGCUCUCAACUUUAAUGGAACAGGCAACGAAUGCAGAAAAAAUCGAAUUUAAGUUCAACCCUCCCGGCGCACCGCAUUUUGGCGGCGUCUGGGAGAUUCAGAUUAAAGCCGCAAAAUCUCAUUUGCUUCGGGUCGUGGGUGAUCAGGUUUUGACUUUUGAGGAACUAACCACUCUUUUUGUUCAAAUAGAAGCCAUCUUAAACUCAAGGCCACUUUGCCCUAUUAGUUCCGAUCCAAACGACCUGACGUGUCUCACUCCGGGUCAUUUUCUCACUUUAGAACCUUUGACAGCCGUUCCCGAUGAAGAUCUUUCUAACCCAGUAGCCUUCAUCAUCUCAGGAUCACCAACGGAGUGGAAGCUCAACGAAUAG